CAUGCUAUUUUAUACUUGCUUUUUGUUUUUCUCUAUGUAAGCAUGUCCUCUGUCCGAGCAAGUUACUUGUACAUAAACAUUGAUCUGUAAUCUGACUACAACUUGUAGUCGUCUGUGGCGUAGAAAUUAUAUGAUGAAUUUGGAAUAUGGAAUUCUGUUUGUUUUUAAUGCAUGAAAUAUUUUAUCUGCAACCAGCAAAUGGCUUUACCUCCAUUAGUGCGGCGAGAACGGAUCGAGCGAGGUAUGCAGUCGGAUCAGACGGUCAUUAGCUUGAGGCCUGGUGGCGGCGGCAUCCGAGGCAGCAGACUCCUCGCCCCCCGCUUCCACUCCCCCGCCUUUGCAGCCGCUGCCGCCACCGGUGGAGGGUCGUCGUCCCUGAUCUCCUUCUCACCCUCCGACAUCGGCUUCCUCGGCCCCCAUGGCGGCGCCGGCACCGGCAAGACUGGAGAUUCACCCUUUGAGGCUCGUGGGCAAAUUUGUUAUUCAAGGGACCAACUUUUACAACUCCGAGAGGCAGCUCAAGCACCGGAAGAUAUCUUGAAAAUCAAGCAAGAGAUUGAGGAAGAACUUCAUGGUGAAGAUCAGAGUUGGGUUCGUGGUGAUGCAAAUUUGCAAAGUCUAUCACCUAUUCGCUAUUCCAAGCCAGACAAUUGUGAUUGGCGUGGCCAAUCAGGGAAACUAUCCUCAGUUGGAGAUGAGCGAUCUUGGGAUACAAUUCGUGAUAAUAAGGAGUCAUAUGCUUCCAACAGAAGACAACCAGAACAACUAAAUAGGCAGGACCAGUUGAGCUCCGAGUCUUCUUCAAGAGUUCAAGUAUCUUCCAGCCAAGGGGCAGGACCUGCUCCUGCACUAAUCAAGGCUGAAGUGCCAUGGUCUGCCCGAAGAGGCAAUCUCUCUGAGAAAGAACAGGUUCUGAAAACAGUAAAGGGUAUACUGAACAAAUUGACACCGGAGAAAUUUGAUGUUCUCAAGGGUCAGCUGAUCAAUGCAGGAAUCACCACACCUGAUAUUCUAAAGGGUGUCAUCAUGCUUAUAUUUGAGAAAGCUGUUUUGGAACCUACCUUCUGUCCCAUGUAUGCUCUACUGUGUUCUGAUCUAAAUGAAAAGCUUCUGCCAUUUCCUCCAGAAGAAGCUGGGGGAAAGGAGAUCACAUUCAAGCGGAUACUCUUAAACAAUUGUCAGGAGGCCUUUGAAGGUGCUGACGAUCUGAGGGCCGAGGUUAGAAAGUUGACUGGCCCAGAUCAAGAAAUGGAACGUAUGGAUAAAGAAAGACUAGUGAAGCUCCGUACACUUGGGAACAUCCGCCUGAUUGGGGAGCUUUUCAAGCAAAAAAUGGUGCCUGAGAAAAUAGUUCAUCAUAUCAUUCAGGAGUUAUAUGAUGGGAAGACAUGUCCUGCUGAGGAAAAUGUUGAGGCGAUCUGUCAGUCUUUCAAAACCAUUGGUAAGCAGCUGGAUAAGAGCCCAAGGUCUCGUCGCUUUAAUGAUGCCUAUUUCAACCGGUUGAACAAGCUGAUGAAAAAUCCCCAGCUCGCACCACAGUUGAGGUUCAUGGUUCGUGAUGUUCUUGAUCUGCGUGCCAACAACUGGGUUCCCCGACGAGAAGAGGCAGUUCGAGCACCGGAAGAUAUCUUGAAAGCCAAGCAAGAGAUUGAGGCAGAACUUCAUGGUGAAGAUCAGAGUUGGGUUUGUGGUGAUGCAAAUUUGCAAAGUCUAUCACCUAUUCGCUAUUCCAAGCCGGACAAUUGUCAGGAGGCCUUUCCUCCAGAAGAGCUUGGGGGAAAGGAGAUCACAUUCAAGCGGAUACUCUCAAACAAUUGUCAAGAGGCCUUUGAUGGUGCUGACGAUCUGAGAGCCGAGGUUAGAAAGUUGACUGGCCCAGAUCAAGAAAUGGAACAUAUGGAUAAAAAAAGACUAUUGAAGCUUCGUACACUCUGGGGCUUGCUUUACGGGUCCAUGCUGGAUCAAAUAGUAGCUGAGGAGAUCAUGAAGAAAGUGGAAGAUUCCAGGUUCCGGUCAGCGAUGUUUGAUGGAGUGAUGAAAAAUAUAGAAGCAAAACCAUCUGGUCAGGCAAUGAUAGGUUCACAGGCGGCAUCCAUCACUGCCUGCAAGAAUAUUCUCGAUAUCCUGAAUAGCAGCAGUGCUAUCCCGUCAAAAAAGAAUACCAAUAGUGCUAGCUUCUGGGACUCUGGUUAAACCGAAACUCCCCUUGUUUCUUUUUUUUCCCUCUCUUUUUCCCCAUGAGGCGAGCAAGUAGUGCCACAAUUUUCGGAAGUGAAGAUUUGAGGAACAAGAAAUCCUCUUAAGUUGUAUAUUUUUUGCGAGUCGCAUGUGUUUAUUGUUGUUUGAAGAUGAUGGGAAAAAGGUGCCAUGAAUUUGUUCUUGAGCCACAGCUUAAUUUUGCUUGAAACUCAAGAUAAACAGGGCUAAAAAUAUUUGAUG